AUGAAUAUCAGUCAAAGGACAUUCUGGACUGACUCUUCAAUAGUUCUUGCCUGGAUCUCUUCACCAUCGGCGCAGUGGAAGACAUUUAUCGCUCAUAGAGUUGGUGAAAUUCAAGAAAUAACAUCCAUAUCCGAAUGGGCGCACGUAGAUACCAAAGACAACCCGGCAAACAUUAUUUCCCGUGGACGAGAACCUCAAAUUAUGUUAAAUGACAGUUUUUGGUGGGAAAGUCCUAAUUGGCUUCAGUGUGACUCAUCCAAAUGGCCGCAUAUAAACAAAAAUCAAACCAACUUCAACACAGAUGAAGAACGCCGAACAAUUAGUUUGAUUACGUCUGAACAACCAAAAUUACCAUUUUUAUCUCGCUAUUCAACUUGGAGUCGACUUUUACGGGUAAUAGCUUUAUGUUUACGUUUUAUUUAUAACAUUGCUCAUCCCAAUGACAAAAAAACGGGUCCACUGCUGCCCUACGAUUUAAAUAAUGCGAUCAAUCGCGUUAUUCGAUUUGUUCAAAGCGAGAAUUGGUCUUGCGAAAUUUCUGACUUAAGAAAAAACGGACAAUGUUCUCCGAAAAGCAAUAUUUUUCGUUUACGUCCUUAUCUGGACGAAAAUAACAUUAUCAGAGUUGGAGGACGUCUAAAAAAUGCGAGUCAGCUCGAUCAGUUUCAAAAAAAUCCAAUGCUUGUUCCUCCAAAUAGUCCAAUCGUUUACUUAAUAUUUCAGGAUGCUCAUGAUGUAUUAUUACAUGGUGGGCCGCAAAUAAUGUUGGCGCAUGUAAGGCAACGGUUUUGGCCCAUAAAUGGCCGAAAUAUAUCGCGCAAGGUUUCGUCCAAGUGCGUAAGAUGUUUUCGCUUAUAG